GAAGGUAGUCGGAGAAUGCAGGUAUGCAUUCUUGGUAGAACGACAGUGGUUUGAGAACAAUUUCGAAAUGCCAAAUCCAAAUAUAUCACUUCCAGUGGUAUUGGAUUGGGUGAUUGAUAGUACUACCAAAAAUUUGCUUUCAGUAGAUCCGGACUCGCCACCAAGUAGCUGUGCCUUCGGUGGUUAUUCUUCUUUUGAUUGGGGCUUUACCUACAUUUCCAGAUGUAGGUGCAAUAGUGGCUUCCAUGGAAAUCCCUAUGUUCUUGAUGGAUGUCAAGAUAUUGAUGAAUGUGCAAACUCAACUAAUAAUGACUAUUGUGGUGAUGAAACACGUUGUGAAAAUACUUUGGGGUCUUAUAACUGUAUCCCAAUCCCAGCUCGUAGGAGUGCCAAGCUUGCCAUCAUUAUUAUAGGAAUUAGUCUUGGGCUAGUAGUAAUACUUAUUGGAGGAUGGUUGUCCUACAAAGCAGUAAAUAAAAGAAAGUUGAUUAUGCAGAAAGAGAAGUUCUUUAAACGGAAUGGUGGACUAUUGUUACAACAACAAUUAUCUUCCAACGAAAUCAAUGUUCAAACCACUAAAUUGUUUGAUUCAAAAGAGUUGGAGAAGGCCACGGACCGGUUUAAUGUAAACAGAAUGCUUGGCCAGGGAGGACAAGGUACGGUUUACAAAGGAAUGCUACCAGAUGGAAGCAUUGUUGCAAUAAAAAAGUCUAAGAUAAUUGAUAAACGACAGCUAGAAGAAUUCAUUAAUGAAGUUGUUAUUCUUUCACGAAUUAACCACAUGAACGUGGUUAAAUUACUUGGUUGCUGUUUGGAGACAGAAGUUCCUCUACUCGUUUAUGAAUUUAUUCCUAAUGGAACUCUAUCCCAAUAUCUCAAUAACCAAAACGAAGAAUUUCCCCCAACAUGGGAUAUGCGCUUGCAAAUUGCCGUAGAUAUCGCCGGAGCUCUCUUCUACUUGCACUCAGCAGCUUCUUCACCCAUUUACCAUCGAGACAUCAAGUCUACAAACAUACUUUUAGAUGAAAAGUACAGAGUUAAAGUAGCAGACUUUGGAACUUCAAGAUCUAUUGCAAUUGAUCAAACCCAUUUGACCACACAAGUAAAAGGUACUUUUGGAUACUUGGAUCCUGAGUAUUUUCAAACUAGUCGGUUUACAGAAAAAAGUGAUGUUUAUAGUUUUGGGGUUGUCCUCGUUGAGCUAUUAACUGGAGAAAAAGCAAUCUCUUCAAUAAGAACAGAAGAUGACAAAGGUUUAGCCUCAUAUUUCAUUCAUUCCAUGGAAGAAAACAAUUUGUUUGGUAUUCUUGAUGAUCGAGUUUUGAAAGAAGGUGAAAAAGAGGUCAUUGUGGUUGCGAAUCUUGCAAAAAGGUGCUUGAACUUGAGCGGGAAAAAACGACCUACGAUGAAAGAAGUUUCAAUGGAGUUGGUGGCUGUUCAAACAUUGAGAAAAGGCACUUCUAACCUUGAUCAGCAAAAAUAUGAAGAGGUUGAAUAUGUUAGAACUGAAAUGUACGAGCAAUGGGUUGGUUCUACAUCAACAACGUUAACAUCAUGUGUGGAUGGUGGUGAUCACGGCCAUCUUUUCACAAUUUCUUCUUAAUCGAGGUACAGAAAACACUUGUGUUGUAAUUCUAUAUAUGUAUAUAUUUUCAUCUUGUAGGGUGCAUGGCUUUCUUUUUCUAGUGUA